AUGAACGCGUGUGAUACAUUUCGUGAAAUUGAUGAACUUUUUAUCGACUAUGAGAACAAUGAGGACAAAUUUAACACUGAUUAUGGAUUAUAUAAUAAGUAUUGCCCUGUAAAAAGUGGAUAUAAAAGAUGUGAAACUAAUUAUGAAAAACUGAGCGCCGUUUCUGGAUAUGCAUAUACAAAAUUAAUGCAAAAUGAUAAGGUGGAUCUAGAUAGUGGAUAUGACCCAAGUGUUGAUUUUUUGGUCAUGGGAUUGUCUGAUAGAUUAUAUAAAUUAUCAGGAGAUCAUAGUUUAUCUAUAAAAGAUGCAUUUAAGAAAUAUUUAGGUAAUCCUAUGGGUGGUUUUAAUCAUUGGAACAUAUUAUAUAAUAAAAAGGAAUUUAUGGGUUUUAACAUUGGUAUUAUGAAUGGGUUUUAUCUUUUAUUUAAGCAAAUUUGUGAAACAAUUAGUAUAUUUGAAAAACCUAAUACACAACAACACGAAUACAUACAUAGUGUUGCCCAAUGUUAUAUUAUGUAUAACAUACUUUAUAAUUUUGUUAAUCAGUGUGAUCCGUAUCUUCGAUUAUUGGAUCAUUUAAAAAAAAUAUAUAAUGAGGUGAUAGAAGCUGUUAUUAAAGUCAAUAACAAUGACGAAUCCUUAGGUAGUAACCUUAUAAAAAUUUCAUUGAUCGAUAAAAGCGAGUUUGGAUUUGAAUUCAAUACUAAAGGAUGCCGAAAAAUGCAUAAAAAGUUAGAACAAAAUAUAUCCAGGAUUAAAAAGAAGCCACAAGAUGAAUACGAGGAAAAAGACGAAUUUAGUACUUUAACCGAAUUAUUAGGUUCUGAUGAUGAAAAUCCUGCUGGUGAUGAUUCUGAUGAUGAUCCCGUUAGUGAUGAUGACUUGGAAGAUACCUCACAAGGAACACCACAAGUAUUACCACCAGGACCACCACAAGCUCUAAAACUACAGGAACCAGCACCACCAUCACAACCAAUACAAUCACAAUCAGAUUCAGACCCAUCAACAGCAGAUUCACCACCACAAAAUGGUAGCUCAUCACAAACACCUCAAACAGGAGGUUCAAGUAGUGGAAACGGAACCCCUGGUGAUGGAUCAAGUGAUCCAGCAUCAAGUACACCAGGAGGAUCUUUUAAUUUGGGGUCAUCACUUUUUAAAUUUUUAUUAAAUGGAGGGGAAAAAUUGAAUAAAACUUCCCAAUUUAUUGAAAAAAAUCGUCAAACUUUUAAAGAUGCUGCGAAGAAAAUCAAUGAUGCAUAUAAUGAAACUGUGAAUAAUUUAAAAAGUGCUUACAGUGUGUCUAGUAGUUAUAUUAGUGGAUUUAUUAAUAAUAUAACAAGCCAUUUGAAUAACAUUGAUGCUCCUUUUAAACCAGAUGAUGACCCGUCUGGGCCCGGAAAAUCAAUAAAUGGAGGAGAUCCACCAAGCCAAUUAUCAUCAAAUUCACCAACUGCACCGCUAACUACAGAAAUAGAUCCAACAGAUCCAUCAACUUCAAAAAAAGAUCCACCACCAAACCCAGCACCCAGUCCAGCACCACAAAAACAACCAUCUUCCCAAUCACAUCAUAUCAUACAUCAAACCCCACAAGUCCCAGUUCAAGUCAAUCAGCUUAACUCCCAACAAAUUGGUCAAUUGACAAAAUCGCCAAGUUCUGACCCAAUUUUGAAAAAAACAUGGAAUAUAUUUCCAACUACAUGGAAUGGGUCAGGGAAUUGUAAACCUGAAAUAAAAUUUAUGAAUACCACGUUAGUAUGUUGCACAUAUGAACAAUGUAGUUUAACUGGUAUUUCAGUUACCCUUAUUUUAAUACCCACUAUUUUAUUAAUUGCAUAUAAGUAUUUAUCAUUUGGAUCAUCAAAAAAAUCGAAAAAAAAAAACAUGAAAAGAGUUAUAAAAUUAGUUGAUGGAAACCGAAAGACACAAAUAAUUAUAAAAUCAUAUGAUAGGAACAAAGACCUAAAACCGGUUAUAAAUUCAGUUGAUAGAAGAAAAGAUCCAUUAUUAAAUAUAUACAAACUUAUGCAGGCUGAUCCUAUACCAUUCAUUAAUUUAUUUUUUUUGUUAAUUUUUUUUGUCUAUAAAAGAAAAGAAAAUGUUUUGGAAUUAUAA